GGGCUUUCAUUCGCGUUCUUUUUACGGGCUAUAAGCGGUCACUCACCUGAGGUGCAACGCCGCCAAAGCGGUGGAAGGGACAUUGGGGCUAACGUUAGGGUUCCUCCGAUUCUGAGGCCUCCAUCACCUCUCCUCGCGACGGAAAGAGGCGACAAGCGUUUCGCGGUUUUAGUAACCAUCAGCUUAGGUAUCAACAUGUCAGGGAGAAAUCGCGUGCCACCCCAUUCAAUUAAAGCUGCUCCUCGUGGACUGCCACCAAUUCAUGAUUUACCAUAUGGUCGAGGUCCUGGUCCCAUGCCUCAUCCUGCACUUCUUGAAGAUAUGAGAGAUGGUCCAUUUGGACGGGGACCUCCACCACCUCCUCAUCCAGCUUCAAUAGACGAGAGGCUCGCAGCUCAGCAUCAAGAAAUUCAAGGCCUUCUUUUGGAUAAUCAGAGGUUGGCUGCAACUCAUGUAGCCUUAAAACAGGAAUUAGCUGCUGCCCAACAGGAGCUGCAGCAUAUGUCUCAUGCUGCUGCAAAGUUGCAGGCGGAGUCAGAUCUUCAACUGAGGGAUGCAUAUGAGAAGUCAAUGAAAAUGGAAGCAGAGUUACGAGCAACAGAGGGCACGAGAACUGAGCUCAUGCAAGUUCAUUCUGAUAUUCAGAAACUGACUCUUGCCAGGCAAGAGCUCACUGGGCAAGUCCAACUCCUCACUCAGGAUUUGGCACGUGCAUCUGCAGAUCUGCAACAGGUUCCUGCAAUAAAAGCCGAAGUUGAGAGUAUGAAGCAGGAAUUGCAGAGAGCAAGGGCUGCUAUUGAAUAUGAAAAGAAGAAUAGUGCUGGAAGUCAUGAACAGCGCCAGGCAAUGGAAAAAAAUUUGAUAUCAAUGGCUCGUGAAGUGGAAAAACUACGUGCUGAAGUUGCUAAUGCUGAGAAAAUAACUCGUGCUUCUGUUGCUUCUGCUGCUACUGGAAAUCCAGGUGUUGUUUAUGGUGGAAAUUAUGGGAACCCUGAUAUGGCUUAUGGUGGAAGCUCUUAUGCUGCUGGUUAUGGAAUAAAUCCUGCUCAGGGAGGUCAAGAAAGUGUUCCACAGUAUGGAUCUGGAUCUGGUUCAUGGGGUGCAUAUGACAUGCAACGGGGCCAUACCUACCGAUAAACAUGUGACACAGUGUUUCUUUUGGGCUUUGGGUGUUGCUUAUCAGCAGAAUGGUACAUAAAGGCUGCAAUUUACAAUUUAUAUCAAUCAGGGUUUGAAGUUGCUUGUUAUGAUCAUCAUGAUGGAGAACGAAAGCUUGUUGCAGCUACUUAUGUCAUCUUAAAUGAUGUUUACUUGCACAUAUUAGUACUUCAAUGAUUAUUCAACUGUUCUAUGUGAAAAUCUGGAAUUGAUAUCUGAUUCCAAUCGGUCUGGUGAUCAUGGUCCAUAUUCCUUAACAUGAUUGUCUCGUAUGUUUCUUUCCCAAGCGUAUGAGGAAUGGUUGGUACAAGUUUUCCAGAAGAUAAGAUCUUUUGUUGUUUUAGGUUUGUAGUGGGUGCAUGUAUAUUUGUUUGUCGAGUGUUGACAUAUUUAAUUCCACUUACGAGUUCUAAUAAAAGAAUCAUAGAAUUGUGAGCAAAUAUGUCAGUAUAUUUGUACGUAAGAAACACAUGUACUUGAAAAUUAGUUUAUAAAUGUAGGAUGUGAAGUUAGGUGCAGAGCAGCAGAUGGAUCUGUUGACAACUUGAUUUCUUUUUUGGAAGAUUUAUUACUCUUCAAUUUUAUUUUUCUUGUUCUACUCUAAGUCUCACAAAUACUGCUACGGGUACAGGGAUAUUGGUAUGGAACGACAAUUUUAAAAAUUGUGGACAUGGGGAUACGACAAAGUAUAUGUACAUAUACAUAUAUACAUAUAUAUAUAAAUAUAUAUAUAUACCUGUGUGUGCGAAUUUCCACAAAACAAUAUGGAAAGCACCACAAAAAAUGCAAAAAUUGCAAAAUUUCACAGAAAAUAUGCAAAGCUCAAAACUGUCAUGUCCAAGUGUUUCGUCAUACCUGUGUCAGUGUGUCGACACAGGUACGGCAGGCUUCCGUCCGUGUCUGUGUUACAUAGGUUCUACUAUCCUUGCUUAAAUGUUAUUUUUGAGUUAGUCUAUGCAUUCGACAAAUUAUACUCCUGCCCAUCUCCACUUUCUACUUAGAUUACUAACUUUAUCCUUUUUUUUUUCCUCUCUUGAACCAAUCUGCUGGGUUCAAGUGUCAAUUUUUUUUCUUCGAUAAUUGCUUCUAAGCCCCUCAGCUGCUUAGGCAUGUAACCUUGUUUGGCUUCUUGGGAAUUGGGUAUCUUCAAUUAUGAGGCACUUACACUUCAAUUCUCAGUCUGUUGACACUGGUUUGAAUAGGUCUUUAGGCUAAUAAAAUGUCCUGGCCACUAUCAAUAAAUCAGAAAAAAAAAAUUUGACACUUGAAAAAAAGGUUCCUGGCCAUUGUCAUGUAAUUUUCUUAAAAAAAAUAUUCUGAUGCUUCAAUGGGUAAAAAUGGUGUUCCAUUUUCAUCUGGAGUGCAUCUAUAGUUGUCCUUCCUAUAUAAGUCCCUUAAGGAAUGGUUGUGUUUAAAUGUAAUUGAUACUUUUACAGUCUGGCAUUUUGUGUAGAUCUCAAGUUCUCUAGGAUUAUGGGUACUGUUGGAUGCCUUUGCCAAUGUGCAAAAGGUAUUUACUUGUUUGUAUUGAACUCUGACCCUUCUUUCAAGCAGUCUUUGUAACCCCUCCAAUAUUCGUUAGCAUGAUCUUGGUACUCUUGUUGUUGGGCAUGUGAUAGCUUCUCCAAGUUCAAAAACAUAAAAAAAUGGGUAUCAUAAAUUAUUCUAAUCAAGAUGAAGGCUGUUGAUGGUCACGGAAAGUUUCCUGUCUUUGGUGACUGGCUGAUUGACAUCAUGUGCUAAGCAUGGGAGGAAGGUUAGGUACAAAAAUCUUUUAUCACAGAGUCGAACCAAUUUAGAAUCACUGGAAUGGAGUAAACUGUGGUAAAUACAUUCCAUCUUCUGCCUCUUUUGGCCGGGAUUCGACUGUGACUUGUAUUUUCUUGUCACCUAUUGAAUGAGGAAUGUCAAGAACAUCCGCUUCUUAUCAUAUACAGAGUCAAAUGAACCAAUUGUAACUCGUAUCCCGAUGAGAAACUUGCUGCAUUGUUUCAAAUGUGAGGAGUAUUCUUGGUAUUUAGAAGUUUUCAAAGUACAACAUGCAAUAUGCAUGAAAAUGUCUCAAAUUUUAGGUGGGUUAUUGUAGCCUUUCUGAUGCCCAUAAUCUUCAUCCAUGCAAACCUCACUCGUAGAAUCUUGGACAUGGUUGUGUUUUGGACAUGUGCAUAUCUCAGGCGAGGCCAAUCUUGAACCUUACUAAUGGUGGAAUGCCUCGGCCCAGAUUCUAGUUUUAUAUGGGAAUGUUUUUGUUCUUUUCUCCCAAAUGUGGUCCAAUUAGGAGGCAGUUCUCUUGCUUCUUGUGGUGCUCAGGAGGUUGUGUUCCUUGCUUUUGUUCAAGGAGGUAAAUGUGCUCCCCAGUACAGUAACUUGUCCUAUGAAAAGUUCAUGGAGCCUGGUGUUUCCAGUUCUAGUCUGGUAAAUGAAAGCAUAUGAAAGCUUUUCACGGUGAUCCAUAUUAGUAGCUUAAUAGCCUAGGGCAUGUUCUUUGCCUGAUCCAUAGCAAGCUAGUUAUAGGACUGCAAAUAGGUUUCUGUUGGUUGCCUUGUUGUAUGUGGAUUGCAAAGAUUUAUGUGUCGGGUUCAAACUUGCCAACAAAUAGGAUAGGGUUAUAUGGAUGAGAAUGCUGUGAAGGUCUCAUCCUUUACUGGUGCAAGUAAUAGGAACAUCUAGUUCAGAGCACUGAAAGGAGAAGUAUUGAUCUUUGAUGAAGCAUAAGCGCUGAUGCUGCCAACUGGAUGAGUUCAGGGGUCAACCAGGAGAAAUUUAAAGUGCUCCUUCCUGCUUCUUUCUGCUUGUAGCUGGUCUAGUCAAGCUGCUCCCAGGCGCCAUCUGGACCACCUGAGGUUCUCUCAGUGUGAACUGUGAACUUAUUUGUAGGUAGUCUUGGAAACUUUGGUGUUUCGGGCCUUUAGUUUACUGUUUAGACUGGGGAAGCGGGGAUUCCUCCCCCCCCCCCUUUACUUUUGAUUUUUCAAGUUAUUUUUACAGUAAUUAGGUAAAUUCUUAAAUUUUCGAGGAGUCUUAAUUAGGCAGGUGCUGACUGGACCUUUUAUUAGAUUUAAUGCCUUAUUGCUGAUCUCUACUGGCUACUGAGCAUGGUAUCAGGCUUUGACAGACGCAUAUUACUUAAGCUGUAUUUAGUGUGAUUCUUUUGCCUUGUUACUGUCUAUUGCAGCCGCAGGCCACUUGUGCAAUUAAAAUGCCAAUAGAUUACACAUACGCAUUGUAUUGAUAGAGCUUUGUUGUUUUGGGAUGCCUGGUUGGUUCCUGUGGAUGCUUCAUUUGUAUCUGAUGGCUGUUUUUUUUAUUGGUUUCAUGCUAUACGCAUUGGAUCCUUUACACACACACACACACACACACAGAGGGAGAGGAGGAGAGAGAGAGAGAGAGAGAGAGAGACUAUUGCUACCAUUGUUUGAACUUUGAGCACAUAAGCUAGUUGUUUUUGCCCCUCAAUCCAACAUAUAAAUGCGAUUUGUAUUUGAGAGUCCUAUACUUUUGCCUUGCCAUUGUGUUGAUUAGGUGGACUUCUGUCCUAUCUGUAGAUUGAUAGCUGUGCCUUUUUGGUUGUGAGACGCUUGUUUGGUUCAUGUAGAUGCUUGAUUUGCUUCUGAUGGCUGUAUUCUUCUAUGUGAAGUUUGAACCUAUAUAUAUAUAUAUAACACACUCUUUUCCUCCCCCCUCUUUCUCUCUCACUUAUGUAUGUAUAUCUGUAUAUGUAUGUCUACACAAUUUUUCUGCAAUAGCUUUGUCAUCUGUAACUUUUUAGCAUGUAAACUAUCUGCGGUUGCUGUGGGGUUCAUUACUUGUUACUGGUUAUAGUGGGUUCCCUUUUUGUUUCUAUUCUUCAAUUUCAAGGUCAGUAGUUUGUGUGGGUCACAUGCUUCUGUAUGCCAAUCACUAUUAUCCACUUGUCUACUAUGAGUACCCCAUCCAACUUUACUGUAUGCUUUUGAUUUUUCAUAUAGGUAUGAAAAUAGAUUGAGUAAAUUUGACGAUAGUCAAAGUUGCUCUUAUUUGAAGGUGUAAAAUGCACUAUAUGUGCAUUUUAUUAAAAUCUUAGGAUUCAGUUUUUGUCUCUCACACACAUUUGUAUUUCUUUUAGUAUGUUUGCAUGUAUCUGCUCCGGCUUAGAAAGUAAGUUAGGUACUGGUUUCCAGUAACAGAUCUAAGAUAUUUUAAGCAUUAUGGUGGAUGUAAUGCAUGCCCUUAAUGCUUAUUAGUUAUUAUCCUCUCUAAAUUCAAUAUGUUCCAUCUUACCUAAUUUUGUUUUUUAUGUCUUUAUUACUGUUUAUACUUUAUAUGCUAAUUUUUUCUCACUUUUUUAACAAUCACAUGAUAAUCCAGUCAGUCAUUUCAUGCCUUUCAUUUGAGUUUUCGUUUUGAGGUGGUGGUUGAUUAUGGUUUAACUGCUUCCCAGGUAUCGGUGCUGGUUAUAUGGAAAUGUUGCUCUUUUGUUUACUUCAUGGGAGCCACCGUUAAUUGUUUGAUAAUGGAGCUUUUUUAACCAAUUGAGAGGAUCAUAGGCUAUUUGGAACGUGGGAGUUGCCCCACCCGCCCUCUCCCGCCCGCCUUGUCUUUCUCGAUUUUGUUUGGAAUUUUGGAUCCCAACUGAAGCGAUUGAAUCAAGUGAAACCUGCAAAUGGGAGCUAAAGCUCAGAAUUCCUCAGUCUGAAGGUGGCUUCAAAUUGUUUCUAGACAGACUUUGGCAUGUCUUGUCGAGAUUUCCUUGCAUGGUUGAAAAGUGUGUUCCCUAGCUCUCGCUUCUGCAACAAUGGGAAUUGAGUUGAGGAUGGCAUUGAGGUGAUUUUAUGUCUUACUCUGCUGAAUUUGUGCUGAUCUCUGCAACGAUGGGGGACGGGGGUGAGGAUGGUAUCGAGGCGAUUUAUCUCUCUGGUGGUGAUCUGGAUGAAUCCAUCUUGUAUCUGGUCGGAUUAAUAAAGGAGUCCGCUGCCCGAUGGUUGAAAUUUCUUUAAUGGUCUUAUAAAAAUUUGGCUGGUGGUCUCGCUUCUGAUUGGAUUGAUAAAUUGAGGCUUGAUGGGGAAAUUUCUCCAAUGCUCAUACAAAUUUGGCUGGUAUUCAACCGAUUUGUUGUAGCAAUGAUUGGUGGUCUGUAAUUCAGCUGGUACCCUGCUGACGUUAUACCAGCCAUUACAGACUCGAAACAGGCGUUUGUUGAAAAAUAACUUGUUCAAGAAAAACAGUUAGUCUGAGAAAAUUUACCGAAGAUGUAAGUGGAAGAGGCUUUUAGUCCGACUUUUUUGUUUGAAUAAUGAAAAGUUUUCCUGAA